UCCAAAGUGUCGCCGGCCGUGCAUAGGAUACAUAUAUUCUAGUUGUACCGUUAAGGCGGUAACACGCACUCCGUAGUCCAUUAGGGUUUCGUUGCUCCAGAGGCGGGGAAACGGCGAUGACGACGAAUAUAGGAUGCGACUGCGGCCGCAGCCAGGGUACCUUGUACUGUCCGGUGGAGGUAUCAUCAACCGAGAAGAAUCUUCUUGCUGAACUACGUUACCAAUUGAACUCUCUGAUGAUGCGUCUCGAGGAAUUACAGCGGGAGAAUGAUAGAUUGAUGUCCCGGAUCUCAAAAUGUCAAUGCUCAGAGGCAAAAGAGGAAGAGCAUGUUGCUUUUUCUUCUGCAAAAUCUGAAGGAAUUUGCCAAAGUAUGCAACAAGAUAGUGAAUUGUCCAUAUCUGAAGCAAAUAUUAAUACCUCGCACUCUAAUGACCAGUCUGAAGUUUCAAGUAAGGAACACAAGCAUAGUGUACAUGUUGAAACGUUGUCAAAUUGCCUGAGCGUCGAGCAAGCAAAACCACCAGGUCAAUAUAUUGCCACUCAUGAGUAUGCCAGGAGAUAUGUUGCUCUGAAAAUCACCUAUUUUGGCCAAAGAUUUCAUGGUUUUGCUUCAGAGGCACAAAUGGAACCGACUGUUGAGUCCGAAAUUUUCAAAGCACUUGAAAGGACAAAACUUUUGAUUGGAACAAGGAAGAACUCACAUUAUUCAAGGUGUGGUAGGACAGACAAGGGAGUUUCUGCAACUGGCCAAGUUAUUUCUUUAUAUCUACGAUCAAACGGAAAAGAAAUUGGAAGAGGGGAGGAAAUUAAUUAUGCUAUGGUGCUAAACAGAGUUCUUCCAAAAGACAUUCGAGUAGUUGGAUCGGCUCCUAUUUCAUCAGAAUUUAGUGCAAGGUUUAGCUGCCUACGCAGAGAAUACAUGUAUUUCUUCUGGAGAGGGACUAUGGAUAUAUCAGUUAUGCAGAAAGCUUCCCAAAAAUUCAUCGGGGAACAUGACUUCAGAAAUUUUUGUAAAAUGGAUGCUUUAAAUGUGCAUAACUAUAGGAGGCAUAUCACAGAAUUUGCUAUAUCGCCUUGCAACAAGUGGUCAAAUGAUGAUAAUCUAUGGGCUAUAACCAUUAAGGGUAGUGCCUUUCUGUGGCAUCAAGUACGCUGCAUGCUCUCUGUUUUGUUUAUGAUUGGAGAAGGCUUUGAAUCUCCAGAUAUAAUUGAUUUUUUAUUGGACAUCAACAAAGCUCCCAGAAAACCACAGUACAACAUGGCACCUGAGCUUCCCUUAAUGCUUCAUUGUUGUGAAUUUCAAGAUGUCAACUUUAUAUGCUCACCAGAUGCCAGACGAAAUUUGCAGGAGCAUUUCACCAAUGAAUUAAGAAAUUACCUUCUUCAAGCUGCCAUAAUGGAAGAGGCACUACAUUGUUUGCAGACUAUAGGUGUUGAAGAGACUUCAAUGGAACAUCGUAAGAAGAAAAAGGGGCACAUUUCUCUCAUGUUGCGACCAACAGAACCAUCAUACGAAGAAAGAAGAGCCAAGUGGGCCAUGAAAGCUGCUUAUAGUAGGCCAAAUUUCUGAUCUAGCUUUGGACAUAGCCCAUGAAGCUUCAUAUAGGAUAUUCUUCCUGGGUCGAUCAUCCUAUGAAGGUGAAAAGAAAUGAUAUUUUUCUCGAAAUCUUUUUCAGAAAUUGAUCUUCCAAUGGAGAGUGAUUUGAGAAUAUUGCCUAGCAAGCUCUAACAUCAUACCAGUUCUGCUAUUUUAAUGGUUUCAAGUUUUAUGUAUGUAUGAAGCCCAAUUUAACUUGAUGUAUAAUUAAAAAUUUGCAAAUGGGACUAAAUAUUCAGCUGUUGCCACGUAUAAUAGAUUGAUUGAUUUUUAUGUGCAAUGAGAUAGAACUAAUGAUGAGUUUUCAUGCUCCA